CUUAUCGCCUUGAGUUACCAGAAAGCUCACAAAUCCAUCCUGUUAUUCAUGUCUCGCAACUCAAAAGGAGUUUAGGAGAAGCGCAGAAAUACUGUGAGGAGUUGCCAACUACCGCAACCGACGGCAGGGCUAUUAUACGCCCCAAACAAGCCAUUGAGUACCGCAAGGUAAAAAGAGCAGGGCGCUAUCGUUGGGAAGUACUUGUUGACUGGGAAGAAUUGCCGCCUGAAGAAGCCACAUGGGAGGAUCUUGAAGAGAUACGUGGUCAGUUCCCGAACUUUAUCCUUGAGGACAAGGAAUCACUUGAAGGGGACGGGAAUGAUGCGGAAGGGGCUAGGCAGCUCAAGAACGCCGCAAGUCGAGCUUACCAUGUGCGCAGGAGACAGGCACGAGCAACGGCAGAAGUGCGCGUACUAGAGUGGAGCGCGCGAGAAACGGGCGUGGAUACGCUGCACGCGGAUGUGCGGGCACCGACAUCGCCCGCAUCGCACUCGUGCGCCCAUGCGCACGCCGUACGCCCAUCGACUACUGAUCCGCGCGUGCCGCCAGUCUCCGAGGUCCGCUCUUCUAUCGCGCAGCCUCGUGCGCCCGCCAUGCCGCGUGUACCGCCAACAUCCUCUCCGUCGCCCGCUACGCCUCUGCCUACACGGAUUAGGCGUCCGCCCGUAUCGCUGGUACUCGCGCGCCCCUCGCGUGUCUCGCCCCAGCUGGCCAACCAUCGCGCGCCCGCUCCCGCCAAUCCUAGGCCCACUAGGCCUUGGCUAUUGGACGCGUCCCAGCCACCUGCGCCAGUCCCGUGCACGCCAGCAGCUCCCGUGGGCUGCUCGUCUGGCGCUCGCGUAUCAUCUUGUUCCGUCCAUCCUCGCGCAUCACAGGCCGAUGCGCGCCACUCGCUCAUUAGCCGGUCACCGUCGAUCUUUUUGUCACAGGGGUACGGAACCCACUUCCGUAUCAUUCCCCUCCUCUUCGAGACUUUCCUU